UGAUCGCAGAUGGCGCCACCGGCAUGGUGCUGGCCCAGGGCCCCGUGCCGGGCUGCCCGGUACUCCUCAGCCUGGUGGCGGAGGACGACCUCACGGACGCCACCCUGCAGUGCAUGUCACCGCGCACCGGAGUGUCGAGCCGCACCGUGUCGCUGACGGCUCUGACGGCGGCUCUGCGCACCGCCGACAUGCCCAGCUCGGUCCGAAGCUUCGCCGCCGCCGCCGCUCCGAGUCGGCCCUUCCAGGUGCAGCUGGACAACUCUGGCAC